AAAAUCUCUUUUUGGUUUUCAGGCCAUCAGAUAUCAAAAUUAUGAAAAAUAUUUUGGUAAUUAAGAAAACAGAUGACGCAGUUCGGCCAUUAUCUCCACAACCAGAUCCAAGCAAAGCGUCUACUUCAGUUCAAGAAGAAUCCGAGGAAACGAGACCGAGUACAAGUGAAUUAGACUCCACUCCUGAUUCUGAUAAUUCAGUAUCCAGUAAGAUCCAGAAGACCAACCAGCCUCGAAAGAAAAAAAUAUAUUCCCAAAAAUACAAGGCUGAGUGGGAGCAGCAUGAAAAUUUUAAGAACUGGGUGCAAAAAUUAGUUUGUAAUAAAGGCUAAAAUCUCUUUUUGGUUUUCAGGCCAUCAGAUAUCAAAAUUAUGAAAAAUAUUUUGGUAAUUAAGAAAACAGAUGACGCAGUUCGGCCAUUAUCUCCACAACCAGAUCCAAGCAAGGCGUCUACUUCAGUUCAAGAAGAAUCCGAGGAAACGAGACCGAGUACAACAAGUGAAUUAGACUCCACUCCUGAUUCUGAUAAUUCAGUAUCCAGUAAGAUCCAGAAGACCAACCAGCC